AUGGUGGACGAGGGUAAUCAUGCCCCAACAACCCCUUACGCAGGAAAGUUCAACUCCUGCUCGUCGUACAGCAACAACAACCACGUUCAGCCGCCGAGCCCGUACCACAGCGGCUCUGCUCCGAAACUGUCCAGAGACAACAUCUACAACGGUUCCUACUCCCCGACCGAAAACCCUUACGACGUGCCGCAGCCUCACAGUGCGUAUCGGACCACCUCCGUCUCCUCUGUGAGUGCCAAGGAGCACCACUACGGCAGCAGCUGUACCAUUUCGGAGAACCCGUACUCCUCGCCGCAGCCUUGCAGCCCUCGCCAGCACAGCACUUCCUGUCCGGGAGCGUACCGCCACACGAGCAGCAGCUGCAGCAGUGAGCACUCCUGCCGGAACAACGGGGCUGCGGCGAAAGCUCGGCUCUACGGUCAUGGCGUUGCCACCAGCUAUGGAGAGAUGUGUUACCACGACAACAGCUUGGUUUCGGCUUCCCUUGAGGCGCUGAUCCAGCAUCUGGUUCCCACUGUGGAUUAUUACCCGGAUAGAUCAUAUGUCUUCACCUUCCUGCUGAGUUCACGCCUCUUCCUGCACCCAUAUGAGCUCAUGACCAGGGUUUGUCACUUGUGUGUGGAGCAGCAGCGAUCCGGAGAUGCCCUGCUGGAUAAGAUCCGUUUCCGUGAGGUGGCACCGAAACUAGUGCAGCUGCUGACAGAGUGGACGGAAACCUUUCCAUACGACUUCAGAGACGACCGCAUGAUGCGAUGCCUGAAGGACAUGACACUCCAUGUGGCGCGAGGGGAUGAGUAUUCUUGGCGGGCCAUGCAGCAGAUGACCCAGCGUCUCAUCAAGCGCCUGUCUGCCCUCGGUCAGUACGAGGAAGCCGUAGCUGCGCUCAAUGCUGCGGCGCAGGAACGUCCGGCUUCUCUGAAGACCAAACAGGCUUCAGCUCAAAGGGCCGACAUGCUGAGCGUGUGCGACGAUCCUUUCAUCCUCGCUCAGCAGCUGACACACAUUGAACUGGAUAGACUGAGCUUCAUUGGUCCUGAGGAGUUUAUUCUCUUUGCGAUGAAGGAUCCUCUGGAAAACCACAAGGGUUUCUUCCGGAAACGUAAAACCAGUAACCUGGAGGCCUACGUCAACUGGUUCAACAGGCUCAGCUACUUGGUGGCAACAGAAAUCUGCAUGCCAGCGAAGAAGAAACACCGAGCGCGGAUCAUAGAGUUUUUCAUUGAUGUGGCUCAGGAGUGUUUCAACAUCGGCAACUUUAACUCUCUCAUGGCAAUCAUCACUGGGAUGAACAUGAGUCCGGUCGCUAGACUGAAGAAAACCUGGAACAAAGUCAACACAGACAAGUUUGAAAUCCUGGAGCACCAGAUGGACCCGUCUAGUAACUUCAGCAACUACCGCACUGCGCUCCGCGGCGCCACCCAGAGGUCCGAGACCGCACAUAGCAGCCAGGAGAAGAUUGUGAUUCCAUUCUUCAGCCUCCUCAUUAAAGACAUCUACUUCCUGAAUGAAGGCUGCGCCAACAGGCUGUCAAACGGACACAUCAACUUUGAGAAACUGUGGGAGCUGGCAAAGCAAGUGAGCGAGUUCCUGGUUUGGCGGCAAGUAAUUUGUCCAUUCGACAGAGACCGCCGCAUUCUUCAGUAUCUGGUCACCACGUCCGUUUACACUGAAGACGAGCUGCACCUGGCCUCCUAUGAGAGCGAAGGACCAGAAAACAACAUGGAGAAAGACAGCCGCAGAUCUCUGAGAUCUUCCCUUCUCCAUCGAGAAAAUCGCUCUUAAGAAGUUUUCUCCACUUGAUACUUUCGAUUUAUAUUCCCAAGGCCAAAGUUUACAUUUUGGACCUAAGCAUGCUCCUGCAGAACAAUGGAUGCAACUUAAUCAACAAUAAAGAAGUUCAUUUCAAUCCUUUGGGACUACAAAGAGUGCCAGUAAUUUUACAUAAAGAAAAACUUAAGUGCCAGAAACAACUCUGUCGUUAAGCUAGAAUUUUUGAAGAAAAAACAAAAAGCAUCUAAACAUGCUAAAAGGACAACAGGCAAAAAUGUGCAUGGAUUCGUAUUCCUAAGUACCAAUAAGUGAAUGUUCAACAAGUUACAGCUGCUGAAUAAGAAUUAUGGACAGAAAGAGCCAUGAUGAAUUAAUUGUGUCAUAAAUUAAAGCCUUUUAGUUGCUUGUACACAGUGAUGCGGCUGUACCUUCAAGUCAUCCAUCUCAAUUUGGACAGUGAAGUCAUGUGAUAACUAUUAUCAGCAUUUAAGUAAUGUGGCUCCAUGUAAAGCUACAUUAUGUGACAGCUGCAUCAUGCAAGCAAAAUGCAAUUGAGUGUGAGUCCCUGUGCUGUGAAUCAUGGCAUUCUGUGACUCCAGCUCAUAUGAGUCAUUGUAUUCUUUCUAAUCAUGUUGUAUUUUGUAUCAGAAGCUUAAAAAGUGUUUUUGUUUUCUUGUACUCACCAUGAGUUUCACAAUGAGCUUGUUGCAGGUUGGCUGGCUCUGUGAUGGUAAGCUUUUACAACACCAGUUCAUGUAUUAUGUCAAAAACAAGUAUUUGUUUAGAGUGAAGUGAAAACUGUAUGUGUGUAUAGAGAUGAUCCAGCCCCUCUUGUCCCGCUUGUGGAUUUGUGAGAGAACCUUUAAUAUCCAGCUUCGAGUGAAAGUGAUGAUGCAUUUUUCAUGUUCUUAAAAGGCACACUGUCUGUGUGUCAUUUUGUUAUAUAUUUUUUAAAGAGUCUUGUGCAUC